GGAGGGCGUGCGCCCAGGCUGCUGCGGCAGUUGCGCGCUGCGAUUGUUGCUGUGCGGCGGGCUCGAAUUCAGCCAUAUAAUUAAAAUGACAACCUCCUGGAGUGAUCGGUUACAGAAUGCAGCAGAUAUGCCUGCUAACAUGGAUAAGCAUGCUUUGAAAAAGUACCGUCGAGAAGCCUAUCAUCGGGUGUUUGUGAACCGAAGUUUAGCCAUGGAGAAAAUAAAGUGUUUUGGUUUUGAUAUGGAUUACACCCUUGCUGUAUACAAGUCCCCGGAGUAUGAAUCCCUUGGCUUUGAGCUUACUGUGGAAAGAUUAGUUUCUAUUGGCUAUCCCCAGGAGCUGCUCAGUUUUGCUUAUGAUUCUACAUUCCCUACCAGGGGACUUGUCUUUGACACACUAUAUGGAAAUCUUUUGAAAGUUGAUGCCUAUGGAAACCUCUUGGUCUGUGCACAUGGAUUUAACUUCAUAAGGGGUUCUCAGGUAGCUGCUCAGAAAAGACCAGAAACUAGAGAGCAAUAUCCAAAUAAAUUUAUCCAACGAGAUGACACUGAAAGAUUUUACAUUCUGAACACAUUAUUCAACCUACCAGAGACCUAUCUGUUGGCCUGCCUAGUAGAUUUUUUUACUAAUUGUCCCAGAUAUACCAGCUGUGAAACAGGAUUUAAAGAUGGGGACCUCUUCAUGUCCUACCGGAGUAUGUUCCAGGAUGUAAGAGAUGCUGUUGACUGGGUUCAUUACAAGGGCUCCCUUAAGGAGAAGACAGUUGAAAAUCUUGAGAAGUAUGUAGUCAAAGAUGGAAAACUGCCUUUGCUUCUGAGCCGGAUGAAGGAAGUAGGGAAAGUAUUUCUUGCCACCAACAGUGACUAUAAAUAUACAGAUAAAAUUAUGACUUACCUGUUCGAUUUCCCACAUGGCCCCAAGCCUGGGAGCUCCCAUCGACCAUGGCAGUCCUACUUUGACCUGAUCUUGGUGGAUGCACGGAAACCACUCUUUUUUGGAGAAGGCACAGUACUGCGUCAAGUGGAUAAUAAAACUGGCAAGCUGAAAAUUGGUACCUAUACAGGCCCCCUACAGCAUGGCAUCGUCUACUCAGGAGGUUCAUCUGAUACAAUCUGUGAUCUGUUGGGAGCCAAGGGAAAAGACAUUUUGUAUAUUGGAGAUCAUAUUUUUGGAGACAUUUUAAAAUCAAAGAAACGGCAAGGGUGGCGAACUUUCUUGGUGAUUCCUGAACUUGCACAGGAGCUGCAUGUCUGGACUGACAAGAGUUCACUUUUUGAAGAGCUUCAGAGCUUGGAUAUCUUCUUGGCUGAACUCUACAAGCACCUUGACAGCAGUAGCAAUGAGCGCCCAGACAUUAGUUCCAUCCAGAAACGUAUUAAGAAAGUAACUCAUGACAUGGACAUGUGCUAUGGGAUGAUGGGAAGCCUGUUUCGCAGUGGCUCCCGGCAGACUCUCUUUGCCAGUCAAGUGAUGCGUUAUGCUGACCUGUAUGCAGCAUCUUUCAUUAACCUGCUGUAUUACCCCUUCAGCUACCUCUUCAGAGCUGCUCAUGUCUUGAUGCCUCAUGAAUCAACGGUGGAGCAUACACACGUAGAUAUCAAUGAGAUGGAGUCUCCUCUCGCCACCCGGAACCGCACAUCAGUGGAUUUCAAAGACACCGACUAUAAGCGGCACCAGCUGACACGGUCGAUUAGUGAGAUUAAACCCCCCAACCUCUUCCCACUGGUCCCCCAGGAAAUUACACACUGCCAUGAUGAAGAUGAUGAUGAGGAAGAAGAGGAGGAGGAAGAAUAAAGAGGAAAACCAAAACCUUGAGCACCCAUUAAACGAGUUCUGGCAGGACUUACAGGAGCAAUUGAUGGCCCUGUUUGAGUUCUACUGGGGUGGGGGUGGGCAGGGGGAUUCUAUCAAAGGUACAUCUGGAAAGUUUCUGAAGACUUUAAUCAUAGAGGGACACCUAUUUUAGUUUUGUGUAUCUGUAUUCUUUUCAGGUGGUUCAAAAUUAUGGAAGAAAGGGUAAAAUCAGGCUGAACUGCAUGCAGAUGGCUCCAUUGUGGCUUGUGACACUGUUUCCUUGUCUUUUUUCAUCAGUAUGUCAUAGUGAAUCUGGAUAUACUAAGAAGGUGAAGGGUCUCAAGAGUAGAACAAGAAGGAUGAUGGGAAGACAUGACCCAAAAUGCUGUAAUGUUACAAAUUGUACUAUAACUUCAAAAUCCAACUUUUUCAACACAUUACACAGUAUUGUAUAUCAGUGGAGAAAUACAUUGUUUCCAUUAUCAAAUGUAGCCUUCUGUUAAGGUCAAGUUUCCUUUUAUAUGCCUUUUAGUAACCUCAGUGACUCUGGCAAGGCCACUUCUCUAUCAGUAGCUUUGCAGUAGUAGUCUGUGCUUGCUUUAGGGCUGGAUUGGACUGCAGGGACUAUGUUGAGGUAAAAGACUGCAUCCUUUCUAUAUUUUUUUAUCCACAACCAAUCUUAUCUGUGAUAAAUCUAUAGAAAGAAUUACCUGAAAGGACAAAGGAGCAAACCCCCAGAAAGGGCAAGGAGGAAUCUCCUUCUUCCAUUACAUCAUAACUGAGUAAAAUUCCUUAGUCUAGGCUAUACAGUUGUGGCUCAUGCUACCCAAUUCCAGAUUCUAUCCACUAGGGUUUUAUUGUUAUAUUUUAAAAUUGAGCGUUGGAAGAGGGCUUUGUAAGCCAGAAUCUUACUAAAGCAGAGGGCACAAUCAGUGUGAA